AUGUCUUUGCUGAGCGAAUCUUUGUCGGCUCGAGUUCUUGUUAGCGGUCUCGUGGGACUGUAUCUUCUGCGAUUGAUCUAUCACCGAUUAGCAAGCCCAUUGUCGCGGAUCCCUGGCCCCGAGAUCUCCAGAUGGACCAGCAUCGUCUACAUCUACUACUCGUUCCGGGGCCAAACCCCCAACUACAUCCACCGCCUCCACGAACAAUAUGGCCCCAUUGUCCGCACGCACCCCGAUCAGGUCGACAUCUGUGACAUCAGCGCCGCGAAAGAAAUCUACAAAACCAACUCGCGAUUUCUGAAAUCGGAGUGGUAUCAGAGACUGGUUCCUAACACCCAGAAUGUUUUCAGCACAACCAACCCUCGCUUCCAUGCCGCUCAUCGGCGUCUGCUCGCGUCUCCGAUCUCCGACUCUUCGCUGGCCCGUGUCGAGUCGCUGAUUACAGACCGGGUGGAGCUGGCGAUCGCCAGGAUCGGCGAGGAAUCUAAGAGUCGGGGCGUGGCCGACGUCUUCAAAUGGUGGCUGUUUAUGGCGACGGAUAUCAUCGGCGAGCUGAGCUUUGGCGAGUCGUUCCGUAUGCUCGAGCUGGGCAAGAAAAACAAAUAUACCACCGACUUGGAAUCGCUCUCGGGCUUGCAGCCAAUACGCACAACAUUCCCCUGGUUGGUUCAGUUGGCGAGUUAUUUCCCUCUCCCGGUGGCGAAACAAGCCGCGGAGGCGGGCAAAAGAGUCGGCAUGUAUUCCCAGCAGUCCAUUGACCGCUACCGGCGCCUCAUCGCAGAGAAUCCAUCCGACCCCAAGCCAACGCUGUUCACCAAGCUGUUCGACACCGAGAAGAGUGGUUUCUCGUACGACGAUAUCCGCCAGGAGGCUCAAGGCUACAUCGUCGCCGGCAGUGACACCACCGCCGUCACUCUGACCUAUCUCACCCAUGCCGUCUGCAAGGACAGCGCCGUGCGCGACCAACUCGCGGCCGAGGUGGCCGGUCUACCGGAUCAGUUCACAGAUCACGAGCUGAAGGAGCUGCCGUAUCUCAGCCAGGUCAUUACUGAGACCCUGCGCUUGUAUACGGCUGUGCCUCUUGGUUUACCUCGAGCCGUGCCCCAGGAGGGAGCCCAGUUCAAUGGAUAUGCCAUUCCUGGGGGUACCACGGUGUCGACUCAGUCCUAUAGUCUUCAUCGCGACCCGACCAUUUUUGCCGACCCCUACAGAUUCAAUCCCGAGAGAUGGGCCAAUCCCACCCAGGAGAUGAAAGACGCUUCUCUGCCAUUUGGUGGUGGAUCGCGGAUCUGCUUGGGUAUUCACCUUGCUCGCAGGGAGCUUCGUCUGGCGACUGCCCUCUUUUUCCGGGCUUUUCCUCAUGCCCGAGUCUCUACCAAGGAAGGGAUGAACGACGAGGAAAUGAAGAUGAAAUCGUUCUUCUUAAUGGCUCCUCAGGGACAUCGGUGUCUGGUGGAGGUUUGA